AUUUUUGUCCGAUCAUGAAACUAAUGAGGUGCGCCCAGCCAUUCUUGGGUUGUGCGAAGGAGGUCUAUUUUGCUCAAACCAUUUUAGGACAAUUUUGCUCCGAUUUAGGGCUUAGUUAUUUAGAAAUGGGAAUUUAGGGCUAAUUUGCCAUUAACCGCAGCUCGAUUUCUCAACUCAAGAGUUUGUAACUCUGCAUGCUUACAACUUUACAAGCUGUUUUCGAUCUAAUGGAUAGCCAUCCUUCUCUUCGGAGCAGAACUGCAAUAGAUCUAAUAAGUGAACUGCCAGAAGAUGUAAAGCACAAGAUAUUAGAGUGUCUAGAUACUCGAGAAGCGGCCAAAACUGCUCUUCUCUCGACUCAAUGGAAUAACGUUUGGUUACGACAUGGCCGACUUGUCUUUGAUCAUGAUGUCUUAUUAGGAGAAGGUGAAGGCGUUAGAUGCUCGAAAAUGAUAACUAAUGCUCUGUUACUCCGUCCUGGACCCGUUAAGAAAUUCACUCUGGACACUGCCCAAUGGGAACCUGCUCUGCAGCAGUCUGAUUUAGAUCUCUGGUGUCGUUCUCUAUCAAAAAAUGGUAUAGAGCAUCUUAACCUCACUAUUGAAGCUCACAACGACAUUGGAGAUAAGUACACACUACCUGUUUGUAUAGUUUUCUGCCCGACAAUCAAGCAACUGCAACUUGAUUCAAUUGAUAUUUGCUUGCCAGUCAAUACUCGACCUGGUAGUAUGUUUUCUGGUGUUACCUCUUUAGAGUUCACUUACGUUGAUUUUCACCGUGACGAUAGCCUCACAGUUAUCCCUCGUAUUCCUCAUCUUGAGGUGCUAGUAUUCUGGAAUUGUGAUGGGAUAGAUAUGUUCGUGAUCAAUGCUCCAAGACUUAAAUACCUCAGCUUCAUCGAUGCUCAGUUCGUGGCUGAAUGGGAAUGGUUUGAGCUUCAUUUUCGUGUCAUUAAGACUCUUUGCUUCGGUGCAUAUACGUUUUUGGUGAGAAUCAUGCCUUCGUAACAUGUUGCACCAUUCAUAAAGAAUAGGCCCCAUGAUACAUAUGUGUGUUCUCUAGUCUCAUUUAAGGUUAACCAAUUGCUUUGUUUUGUCUUUGACUUUAUAAAGUAUAAGACUGAUGCUACGAUAAAUAUCCAAGAGAGGCUUCCAACUGCUACAAAUCUGCAAGUGAUUGAGCUGCAUGAUUUUAGGUUUGCUGAUGCGAAUUGUGCUAAUCUUGUUAUUCAAUUGCUUCGGAAAUGCCCAAAGCUACGCGAACUGGAGAUAUUUAUAUUAAAGAAUCAGUCACGUUUGUGUGGUGAAGUUGAUCCAACUAUUUUGAGAGAUCCAGACGGUUGGUUUAGUGAUCAGGAUCUCGGUGAGCUUAGAACACUCAAGAUGAAAUCGUUUAAAGGAUCAAGAGAGGAAAUGCUCUUUAUCAGAUUAAUUCUAUCAAAGUCUCCCUCCCUUGAGGAAGUUUUAAUUACAAAAUCAGGUCGCAUUGAUACCUCUGUGGCUUUAAAAGUACUAACGGAGAUGAUCUCCUACCCUCGUGCUUCGCCAAAAGCAAAAAUUGUUUUCCUGUGACAUAGCUAGGCGCUGCUCUAUUUCCUGGAUAUUAGGCAUUUGUAGCCCCUUAUAAGGUGUGUCUCCAUCAGUUCUGCUUGCAUAGGUCCUACACAAAAUUCUGAAGUCCUUUUGGUGUAAUAUAUUUGGUGACAUCCAAUUUUCUUAUAAUUUAUUUUGUGAUAUAUGGUUUCUUCAAUUUUCAUAACCGCAUUUAAGUCACAGGUUGUGUAGGUUAUUUUAUUACUCACGGGUUCUUCAAUCUUCAUUUGAGGUUCGAAACCGGUGAGCAUGGGAAACUGGUGAGCAUGGGAAACUGGAGCGCUCGUGAAGUGAUAUUAGUUUAUAUAACCACAUUUAAUUCACAGGUUACAAGGUUUUACUGUUUACGAAUUAAAGAGCAUAGGUAAUAUAUGCUACAGAGAAGUAGAACACUACUAGAUUUGCUCGAUUAUCUGUCUUUUGUUGGUGAUGUUGUAGCCUUGGCAUUCCAUCAUCCUUGUGGGAUUGUAUUGUUUCUAGACCGUGUUUAGAAAAUAGGUUUUGUUAACUGAAUCAUGGGACCUUGAUAAAAGUUUGACUGUAUCAAUGCUGAUAUGAUCAUACUCAAUAAGUUAGUUACAAAAUAAGAUAAGUAUUCUUUGAUGUC